GAUUUCUUAUCAAAUUUUUCAACCUGAAAAAAAUAAUAAAUAUUUGAAUAAUGAACAAUUGAUUCAAUAUAUUAAAGAGAUUAAAAAGCUUGAAGAAGAUUGUAUAGGAUUAUUUGUUUUUGAUAAUAGUCCUACGCAUUUAAAAUAUGCUAAAGAUGCUCUUAUUGCUAAAAGAAUAAGAUCAAGAGCAACUUAA